CGGCUUCGCUUUCGGCAGGGCCUUCGCGGCUCUCUACGCCCGGUAGUUUCCGUGUUUUCCAGGCCAGGAGAGAGAGCAACCGGCCUCUCCAACCUGAAGAAACCCUCUCUCAAUAGCUCCGGAAGUUCGGUACCGUUCCGCGUCAGUUUUGCUCCGUCUGGUAUCCUCUGUCUUCGCGAGAAAGGGGGACACGGGAAGAGUGAGAGAGAUAGAGAGAAAGAGAGAGAGCGAAAGAGAGCGAGAGAGUGAGAGAGAGAGAGAGAGAGGGAGAGCAAGAGAAAAAGAGAGAGAAAGAGAAAGAAUCACCGUCCCCGUCCCCCCGAAUCACCUUUCCUCUACCUGUUCUUCUUCUCGGUGUGACCCUCCCCCGCGGCUCCCAAAAGUGUGUGCCAUCCAUCGGCGUCUCCGGGCCUCGGCGAACAGAGAAAGAGAGAGAGAGGAGUCUCGAUACCCCGCGGGAUGACUCGAAAAAAAUGUGCGUCGUACCGAUGUGGCUGACGAGGCUGGAAUCAGGCCUCGCGCGACCCACUGUAGCUCUUAGAGGAUGCACAAGCUAGCCAAGGGCCUGAAGAAGAAGAAAAAGCAGAAGAAGGGGAAGAAGGGCGCCGAGGAAGACGAGUUCGACCCGGAGGAGCUCGAGCGUUAUAGGCGCGAGCGGGCGGAGGCCCAGCAGAAGGCCGAGGAUUCCGGCGAGCAGGCGAGCAACGCCGGCUCCGACGAGUGGAAGAAGUUCCAGGCGUUGACCGCCGGGGUCGAUUCGAUCCUCAAGAAGACCCAGGGCGACCUCGACCGCAUCAAGUCGACCUCGUUCUUCCAGCGGAAGCCGCCGUUAGAGGAGAAGAACCGGAAGAAGAGGGAGGGUGAAGACGAAGAGGACAGUCGGGAGGAGUGCAGCAAGAAAGGCAAUAAGUGGGUUGGUUUCGACGAGGAAGGGAACCCGAUCGAAGACGAGCCGCCAGACUUCGAGGGCGACGGUAGAGGCAAAGGCGAGAGGCCUUUGGUGAGCGAGGACGGGUUCGUCGACAUCCCGGAGGACAACGAUGACCAGGAGGACUCCGUCGACGAGGACAUCUUCGACACCACUUACGUGGACGUUCUGCAGAAUAUCGAUGUGAAGCUAGCCUACAUCCCGGACAGCCCAACCGAAGAAGAGGCCGGGGACGAUCCGUUCGACACCACCAGCGCGGACAAGGUCUUGAAGACAGUCGACAAGAAAGGCAACAAGUUAGUCAGCUUAGGCAACGCGGUCGAGGUUCUCUCCGGGCGCAUCGACUACGUCAGCACCUGCAAAAUAUCGAGGGGCAGACGGCCCAGGCUUCAACAGGACCUUCUGCUAGACGAUUUCGACGAGGCGGAACCGCCGACAGGCAACGUAACCGCCGAACCGGUCGAAACAGCGAGAACCUUACUGGACGAUGACAGCGAUCUUCCCGAUAUCCCGGUCGAUCUAACCAAGCUUCCUCCAGUUCUACCGAGACCGGCCAGCCCGAUAGCCACCCAGGAGGCCGCCGCGGACGUUAAACCGGUCAACGAGCCUCUCGACAUCUCCGAGUUCGAGAUCCUGAAGGAGAAGAACAUCCUAGAGGAGAUCCCGGACCUAGACGACGCGGAGUUCGACCUAGAAGCUGCGCCGGACGAGCCGGUGAAACUCGAAGAGGCGGAGGAUCCUUUCGGCACCAAGGAGCCGCCGGAGGAUCUAGUCUUCCAGACCGAAAUCGUAGAAGCCAGCUUCGAGGCUGCCACCUUCGUCGACGAGGAGGACCCGUUCGACACCACCUUCGCCGAGAACAUCCUUCCCGGGAAGGCAGAGUUGAAGUUCAUCGAGAAGGAGUUAGAGGAGCUGCCGAUCUCGGAGGUGACGAUAUCCUUGACCGAUCCUGCCGGCUUGAACAGGGACUACGAGACAGGAUUGCUGUCCGAAGAUGGCGCGAGGAGUCUGCAGCCGUCGCAAGACCUGCUAGGAGGAUCCACCACCGAUCUGACUCAGCUCGCCGAUCAGCCCAUCGCACCCGUCGAAGAGAUCACCUACGUCGAUCCGUUCGACACCUCUUCGGUCCAAGAACUACCACCGGGCAAGACAGAACUGAAAUUCCUCGAGAAGGAGUUGCUAGGGGAUCAGGCAGAAUCACCGGGCAUCGUAGAAGACGACGACGACGACGACUUCGACCCCAGGAAAGAGGAGCAGGUAGCUGCUCCUGUUUCCAAAGCCCCGCCGAGACCACCAGCCCCUGUUGCUCCCGUGGUCCCCGUCGUUGCUCCCGUUCAACCGGUCUUCAAGGUUGAGUUCAACGAGGAGGAAGAUCCAACCGCGGCCCCGGAACGCGGGCGCAGGACCUCGAGGCCGGAAGUCCUCGAGUUGGCGCCUGCGAAGGCGGUAGCGUUCGAGUUGCCCACUCCAUCGAAGAGGCCGGACCUCUUGGCUACCAGCGAAGAGGAGAAGGCUCUGCCCUCGAAGCCGCUCACGCCGUACUAUUCGCAGAAGUCGAUCGAGGAGUCGCUGCCGAUCGAGGAGGAGGAGGUCGAUGUGGACCCGUUCGACACCAGCUUCGUCGCCAAGGUAGCUCCCGGGAAGACGGAACUGAAGCUGAUCGAGUCCGAGCUACUGAAGCAGGAGUCGAAAUUGCCGCACAGCGUCAGCGACCACGAUUUCAGCCAGAAGUCCGAGCCCGGCAGGAGGCAGAGCGACUUCACGGCCACCUCCGUCAGGCCGGAGGACCUCAAGUUCCAGGAGGUGCAGGAGUCCGUUCUGAAGAAGUUCGAGGAGCCGCGGGUUAGACAGCCGCCCGAGAGACAAGAGAGUCUGCUGGACGCCGAGGUAGAGGUGGACGCGAAGCCUCUGACGCCUACGAUCGAGAACAAGAUCGAGGAGGAGGAGUUGUCCUACGAGGACCCGUUCGACACAUCGAUCGCUACCAACAUCCUCCCCGGCAAGGCCGAGCUGAAGAUCCUGGAAAGCGAGCUGCAGCAGAUCCAAGAGGAAGUCCCCGUGAGACCCGCCACCGUCAACUUGACCGCGAUCAUCGCCGCCGCGGUCCCGGAGAUCGACGACUUCGAUCCGAGAGCCGAAGAGAAGAAGGACCCGCAGGACUUCUUGUGCAUCAACGACCAAGGCCCGGGCGACAAGGUCCUGACCCCCCUGCAGACCAGCAACCCUGCGUUCGCGGAGGACGUGGACCCGUUCGACACCAGCUUCGCCAACAUCGCACAUGGCAAGACCGAGCUGAGGCUUCUGGAGUCCGACUCCGCCAUCAUGGACUCUAAAGGGAGCAAUCCGUUCCUGAUGGACGACUACCCGGCGGAGGAGGACAGCAGGAUGGCCGCGCAGGCUUCGAACCCGUUCCUCCAGGACUUUGGGGACUCGGGGGGCACCGGGGCCGGAGAGAAUCCAUUUCUGAAUUACACCCCGGAGCCGGCGGCCUACGAACCGGCCAUCAGCGUCGACUCGACGAACCCGUUCGCCUCGUUCGGCGUUGACACAACUGCGCCGACCGCCGGCUUCGAGCCGGACACCACCGAAACACCAGCAACCAACAUAUUCGCUAGCCAACUCAGCAACAUCCUCGUGACGACCGGGUCGUCCGAGAACCUGUUCGACGCCAGCCAGCCCUCCAAGGAGAUCUUCGGCCAGCCCGUCGAGCCCCCUGCGCCGGCACCCCAGCCGCCGGCUCCGCCGAAAAAUGGCAGGAAUGCGCCUUCCAGGCCACCCCCGCCGAGGCCACAACCGCCACCGCCCCCGGCACCUCCGAAGCACACCAAGGACCUCAUCCUGUCCGUCACCGGGGCCAUGGACGCCACCUCGAACCAUCUGUUAGAUCGGCUGCAGGCAACGAGAACGCCGAGCCCGACGCUGAUGCACUCUCCAUCGCCGACGCCGGAGCACAGUUUCGCCGACUUCCUGGACGUGGACUCGAACGUGCCGGACCUGUUGUCCGACGACAACAAGAUCGCCGCCAUGGAAGCACCUCAGAACCGGGACAUCUUAGACCUGUUCGACGCGCCGAACACCGAUACCACCACCACCACGAUCUUCUCGGCGCCUAUGACCACGGGGGACGCGGCAGGAGUGGUCUCCGGCGUGGCAGCGAUCACCACCACCGUUCAGGACAACCCGUUCGCCAACAUGGCGGAGCAGGAGGGCUCUCUAGCUCCGGGAGAGGACGCUUUCGGAGGGGACUACUCGGAAACAGCGUCCAUCUGCAGCGAAAAGAGGCCUUCGAUCGUCUCGACGACCGGGGUGGUUGGCAGCGACGUCGAAGACAAAGCUGGCAUUGCAUUGGACUUCUCGACGGAGUCCCCGGCGGUCCCGGAGCCUCAGCCGACCAUCACGGCAGCGGAGUUGUUCUCGACGGCGACCGACCAGCUCGCGACAGCCACCGCGGAGUCCACGUUCUUCUCCGUCACCGACACCACCACCGCAGCGCCCUUCGGCAUGGCUGACACUACCACCACAACGCCCUUCGGCAUGGCUGACACCACCACAGCGCCCUUCGGCAUGGCUGACACCACCACAGCGCCCUUCGGCAUGGCUGACACCACCACCACAACGCCCUUCGGCAUGGCUGACACCGCCACCUCGCCGUUCACCACCCCCGCGCCACGACCGUCGCCCACGCAACCCUUGUUCGCCACCGGCGAGGUCGCCGCGCCCUCGGGACCCUUCGCUUCCGAUUUGCUCGGGGAUUUCGGGGGGCUCAGUAAAGACGUCACCCCAACGAGCAUCACCAGUCCGCUUCCAGCGUCAGAGUUCCCUGACAGCGAAUCUUACAGGCCCGAGGACCAGCUGGACAGCUUCGCAGCAACCACCAAGGUCAUCGAGAGCACCGGCGAUGCUUUCGACAUCUUCGCGUCCAAGUUCGACAAGGCCGCGGAGCCGGAUGCCAACGCUGAUCCGUUCAUGGACGCUUUUGGCGGCGGCCCGACUGCCAUGGACACUUCCAGCGAUGUUUGGGGCGACUCUUCGGCCACCGGGUCAGAAACAGCAAUGACCGGCUUCGGAGAGCCAGCCGGGUUCGAUUCGUUCCUCAGCAUGACCGCACCGCCGCAGGAGACGAAGAUGAAGCGGGUCGAGUCUGCGGAGUCCGACGAGGGGCCGGACUUCAGCGUCUUCAUCAAGCCCAAAAAGGGGGACGAAGCCGUCAACAUCGAGGGUGGAUCUGUCCCAGUGUUAGCUCCACCCCCUAAGAGUCCCCAGAACUCUGCGUACGUCGAUUCUUCGCCUAGAUUCAAUCCUUUCGACAAGUCUGGCUUCGGCCAGGAGGCUGUCAUCCCCACGGAGGCUGUUCCAACAGCGGAAAUGACCAGGACCGACUCUCAGGAAACUCCGCCCACGCCGCUGUUCGACGAGGACGUUAGCCAGCCGUUGGAGGACUUCCCGAGGGUGACGUACACCGGGGACGGCUGGGAGAUGCAGCUGAGACAGCCGAACAAGAAGAAGAUCACCGGGCAGCGGUUCUGGAAGAAGGUCUUCCUGAAGCUGGUCUACCAGGGCGACAAUCCUGUUCUGCAAUUGUUCAACAACAAGGACGACAAAGACCCUUUCCAAGAGCUGCCGCUCCUACCUUGCUACUCGGUGUCCGACAUCGGGGCGCAACAGUUCGAUCAAUACGGCAAAAUCUUCACGGUGAAGCUGCAGUACAUCUUCUACAAGGAACGACCCGGGGUCAGGCCCGGCCAGGUGACGAAAGCCGAGAGGCUGACCAACAAGCUCAGCCAGUUCGCCGCGUACGCUAUCCAGGGUGACUAUCAGGGGGUGAAGGAGUUCGGCAGCGACCUGAAGAAGCUGGGACUGCCGGUGGAGCACGCGCCACAGAUUUCACAGCUGUUCAAACUGGGCUCACAGAACUACGAGGACCUGAAACAGUUCUCCUGCGCGAUCGACGAAGCUCUGUUCAGACUGUUGGCUCAUCGAGACCGGGCGCUGACUUACAAGAUGGAGGAGGUGCAGAUCACCGUCGUUGACGAGCUUUAUGUAGAACAGAGCGCCGAGGGCCACGUGGACAAGCAGAUCGCGCGCGUUCGACUGUUCUUCUUGGGUUUCCUUUCCGGGAUGCCCGACGUCGAGCUGGGAAUAAACGACAUGUGGAGGCAGGGGAAGGAAGUGGUAGGGCGGCACGACAUCAUUCCAGUCGUGACGGAAGAAUGGAUUCGAUUGGAGAACGUGGAGUUCCACGCGUGCGUCCAGCAGGACGAGUAUGAGAGAUCAAGGAUCAUAAAGUUCAAGCCACCCGAUGCAUGCUAUAUCGAACUCAUGCGAUUCCGGGUGCGACCGCCUAAGAACAGAGAGCUUCCCCUGCAGCUUAAAGCCGUAAUGUGCGUUACCGGUAACAAGGUGGAGCUGAGAGCGGACAUCCUGGUGCCAGGAUUCGCCUCGAGAAAGCUCGGCCAAGUGCCCUGCGAGGACGUGAUGGUCCGAUUCCCCAUUCCCGAAUGCUGGAUCUAUCUGUUCAGGGUGGAGAAGCACUUCAGGUACGGCUCGGUGAAGUCUGCCCACAGGAGAACCGGAAAGAUCAAAGGUAUAGAACGAUUCCUCGGCGCUGUGGACACCUUGGAGCCGCAGCUGAUGGAGGUGACCUCGGGCCAAGCGAAGUACGAGCAUCAGCAUCGCGCCAUCGUCUGGAGGAUGCCUAGGUUGCCGAAGGAGGGUCAAGGGGCGUACACAACGCAUCAGCUGGUCUGUCGCAUGGCUCUGACUUCUUACGACCAGAUACCAGAGAAUCUCUCCGAGUACUGCUACGUGGAGUUCACUAUGCCGGCCACGCAAGUGUCCCAUACGACGGCGAGAAGCGUCAGCUUUCAGAACAGCGACAGCGACGCUCCGCCUGAGAAAUACGUAAGGAACCUGUCGCGGCACGAGUACAGGGUCGAGAUCGAGCACACGCAGGGCGAAGGGCCGGGCGCGUACGUGUCGGCGACGAUCGCGAAGAAGAUCCCGGAAACGACGCCGGAAGUCCCGAGCGAGGUGCCGGAGGUGCAUCCGGACUCCGACUUCGAUUCCGACUCCGAAUAAACGAAUCCCGCCAGGUAACAAGGUCCAGGUGUUUGCGGCGCCUGCGCGCAGAUAAUUCGCCGUUGAUAUAUAGGAGACGAACAUAGAGAAAACGAUGCCUGUGACUGGACGCGCGGCGAACGAUCUCCGCGGCGAGCAGGACGAAUUCGAGAUUUCCUAAGACGUGUGAAAAAUGAUCGAGCAUCGAGCGCGCGUCAGUAUUAUCCAAUUAUAUGUAUGUAUAUCGCGUUCGUUUGCUCGGCUCGGUCCGCCUGGAUCGGUUCUCGCCGCGCGUCUUCCCGAUCAAGCCGUGUUCCUACUCGAUCGAAAAACCCGUCUCGACAGUCCGCGAUCGGUCUGAGCUGUGUCUGUAGUAUAAGAAUCGUUGUAACGUUUACCGAACGACAAUAUUACACCUGCUCAACGUAAGAAACCGUGCGCCGCCGCGCGGGGCGAUCGCGAUUCGUCGUGGAUCUGUCGAUCCAGCUUACGGGAAAUCGCGACUACGAUUAGGACAGGCUUCGCAACGAAUUACCUCUUCAUCCAAAGUUCCGUUCCUUCGUACGGAACGUACGGAAUUCGUACAUCCUUAUCGCGUACGUAUCUCGCAGUAUACGAUCCAAUCCGAUAUCUAGCCGAGAUCUCUGCUCGUUCAACGCUUUGACUGCCACGCCGACAACCGCGUAUGUUUCACAAAAUUAAAGAAUUUUAUCUAAUCGAAUUAAAAUCGAGAAGCGGAGUUGUGCGACAUCGAUUGCUUUCCCAAUGAUCUUACGUCUUACAAAUCGCGAUAACUCUAUUUUAUUGCAUUGUAUUAUAGUAGUAUUAGCUUUUAGUUCUGUAUUGUAAAAAAUAGGUUUUCACCCGUAUAUAUAUA